CCGGGACCCUUCAGUCCACAGGCCGACGACGCUCUAUCCACUGAGCCAAACCGGUUUUGGCCCCUUUCCUUUUAAACAGAAUCUUUUUGGGGGGUGGGUGGGAGUGGACGGGUUACCUCUCUGUCCCUGACCAUUUUUCUUUCUUUGAUUUGAAUGUUUGCCUGACAGGCUCCUGGCAGUCCCAAGUGGCCUCUGCUGUGUGUGGCGGCCCUGCUUUCUAGGGUGUCCCCAGCCCCUCAGAGGGGCAGGGCUUGCAUCUGGGGAGCAGUCAGUGUCUGACUGCUGGGCCUUAGGGAGGAGACAGGGUCAAUGCUGACGGGCAGCUGCACUCAAACUUGCCAAACUUACCGGCAGGGGGUAGACAAUCUCAAAUGAAUUGAGAAACCUCUUCAGUCUCAGGGGGAGUAGAAACAAGAUAUUUCUUGCUCUUUAUGUUUACUAGAGGCCCAGUGCAUGGAUUAGUGCACUGGUGGGGGCAUGGCCUGCAGGGAUCGGCCUGCUGUGGGAGCAGCCGCUCAUCCCAGUCAGCCGAGCGGCGCUCCCACUGUGGGAGCGCACUGACCACCGGGGGGAGCUCCUCAGUUGAGCCUCUUCCCCCUCGUGGUCAGUGCACAUCAUGGCGACUGGUAUCUGGUCAUUCCGCCCGUCGGUCGCUGAGCUUUUGUAUAUAAGAUGUUUUAUUAUACACAGAACCACCCGUCUCCAUGGAUGGGGUCCCUUAUACUUUGCUGGGUCAGGAACAAUCUCCAACAGCAGGAAGACAAGCAGCAGUGACAGGGUUUGCCCUUGAAACAGUUUAAGCCUCUUUUGUGCCUUGGCAUCUGAGGAGGAAGUGACACUUGCGCUGAGACCCAAAGAGUUAAGCAAGAAGGAGCAAGGUGCGGCGAGAACUGCUUCCGUGUAGAAGAGCUGACGCGGGCAAAGGCCCUGAGGUCACAGGGAGAAAACUCCUGCCAGAGCCGAGGGCGGUCUCCUCUUCAUCUUCCCUCUGCCCCUCCCCGAGCCCUGCUCUGAGCUGACACUAGACUCAAGUGAACAUUUGCUUGAUGACAGCGGGUGGGUCCCGGGCUGCGGUCAGGACCUGCCAGAGGAGCCUCCUGCGGGUUGGGGUGCGUCUCACCGACUUCUCUGUACGCAUCCCGUGUCUUUCUCCCCUGCAUCUGAGCUUGGCUGCAAGUGACAGACGCGCUCGGUCUUCACCCUCCAGGAAGUUACUGCCACACUGACAAGAAGCUCAGGGGUGGGGCGGGCGCCUGUCUCAGUGGGUGCCACCCCCCGGUCAGUGCCUUGGCUUCCUCCUCGGUCCUCAGGCAGUCACCCCACACAGUCCCAGGACGCUGCCGGACCAGCAGAGCAGAAUGAAACUCUCCCCGGAGUGGGGUGUCGGUCACCUGCUGCCUCAGACUAUUAGCCACUGGCAGGGUGCCCUGUUCCCAGACCGCAGCUGAUCUACCAGCCGGAGCCGGAGCCAGGGCGGGAGCUGUGGAUGGCGAAGACAGAUCUCCCCCGAGGCGCCUGUCCAGGUGAGAAGGGAAAAGCUAAAAUCACAGAACCCACUACAUGUGAGCUUGCCCUGUCUGGGAGAGCCUCACUUCUGGAGCAACUAACACAAGGAGCUGAAUCCCCAGAAGACUUCCAGGUGGACCAAACCACGGAUCAGAAUGGGCCAUUGGAAGUGCGAGAGGGACAGUGGGAAUCAGGGAUAGACCUGCAGAAGGAGAAGCUUCCUAGGAAAUCCCGCUCUGAACAUGGCGGCUGGGGGACAGCAGAGGGUAUGCGUGCCCCUGCGCUGCGAGCUCUCCUGGAGCAUGGCUCAUGCAGAUUAGGUCAAGAUCACAUGACUCGGGAAGACGAAAGUAUCUUCAAAUGCAAUGAAUGUGGGAAAGUGUUCAACAAGAAACGCCUCCUGGCUCGACAUGAGAGGAUUCACUCCGGAGUGAAGCCCUAUGAAUGCACAGAGUGUGGGAAAACCUUUAGUAAGAGCACUUACCUCCUUCAACACCACAUGGUCCACACAGGGGAGAAGCCAUAUAAGUGCAUGGAGUGUGGGAAGGCCUUCAACCGCAAGUCACACCUGACACAACACCAGCGGAUUCACAGUGGAGAGAAGCCCUAUAAGUGCGAUGAAUGUGGAAAGGCCUUCACCCACCGCUCGACUUUCGUCCUCCAUAACAGGAGCCACACUGGAGAGAAGCCCUUUGUGUGCAAAGAGUGUGGAAAAGCUUUCCGAGAUAGGCCAGGUUUCAUUCGGCACUACAUCAUCCACAGCGGCGAGAACCCCUAUGAGUGCUUCGAGUGUGGAAAGGUGUUCAAACACAGGUCAUACCUCAUGUGGCACCAGCAGACUCACACUGGGGAGAAGCCCUAUGAGUGCAGUGAGUGUGGGAAAGCCUUCUGUGAAAGCGCGGCCCUCAUCCACCACUACGUCAUCCACACGGGGGAAAAGCCCUUCGAGUGCCUCGAGUGCGGGAAGGCCUUCAACCACAGGUCGUACCUCAAGAGGCACCAGCGGAUCCACACCGGGGAGAAGCCAUAUGUGUGCGGCGAGUGUGGCAAGGCCUUCACCCACUGCUCCACUUUCAUCCUGCACAAGAGGGCCCACACUGGAGAAAAGCCUUUCGAGUGCAAGGAGUGCGGCAAAGCCUUCAGCAAUCGGGCCGACCUCAUCCGGCACUUCAGCAUCCACACUGGAGAGAAGCCCUAUGAGUGCGGUGAGUGUGGGAAGGCCUUCAACCGCAGGUCAGGUCUCACGAGGCACCAGCGGAUUCACAGCGGAGAGAAGCCCUAUGAGUGCAUGGAGUGUGGGAAAACCUUCUGCUGGAGCACUAACCUCAUCCGACACUCCAUCAUCCACACCGGGGAGAAGCCCUAUGAGUGCAGUGAGUGCGGGAAGGCCUUCAGUCGUAGCUCAUCCCUCACCCAGCAUCAAAGGGUUCACACUGGGAGAAACCCAGUCGGUGUCACAGAAGUGGGAAGACCCUUCGCCAGUGGACAAUCCUCAGUCAACCUCCAAGAACUCCUGUUGGGGAAAGACUUUUUGAAUGUAAACACUGUGGAGAAUGUUUUGCCAGAAGAAUCACCGUACUCAGACUCUAAUCAUUCAUACCAAAGAGAAACCCCAGGGUUGUCUUCCCUGUGAAAAACCAGUUGCAAGAUGUCAGUGAUCUUCUCAUGAAUCAUGUUGGAAACUGACCCCGCCUGGAGCCUUAUUCUACGUGUGGGAGUUUAUUCAGGAGAGAGACCCAGUGGUUAUCAGGCACUUAGAAAACUUCCCACUCUAUCUUUCUCCUUAGUUUACGCGGCAGUGUUAUCUCAGGAAUUUCUUCUUUAAAAAGAAGGGAGAGACUUGGAAGAGUAAAGGAACUACCCCCAGUUUCUUCAGACUCCGGCCACGCCUAUGGCACUUGGUCAUGGAUUUCUUAGUCUCGUUGGCAGGAGGAGAGUGUUGUGUGAGAGGUGAAGGACUAGGGUCUGUAUGUGUCUUGUACAUACAUUCACUGUUGUCCAUUGUCUAGAAAGUAGACAGUUGAAGGCAGGUCUGAAAACUUUCAAUGAACAUCCUUGUUCUAAAACAUUGUCUGUAUUCUUGAAGAAGAAGAAAAAAAUCCUUACCCAAGGACAUGUUCCCAUUACUUGUAGAGAGGGGUGGUGGGGGAGAAACCCCCAGCAGUUGCCUGCCAGACACACACCAACCAGGGAUUGAACCUGCAACCUAGGCAUGUGCCCUGACUGGGAAUUGGACCCACUGUCUUUCAGUGUAUGGGGCAGUGCUCAACCAACAGCCACGCCAGCAGGCCACUGUCUCUACUCUUAAGGAGUUUAAUUUUUUUGAGAAAUAUGAAGGCUUGAACCAUAAAUACUUUUUUGUUUGAGGGGAUUCGAGUACACGUAUGGACAGUCACAUUUUAUUGCACCGGGUAACACUGGGUAAGGCUUUGCUUUUUAAAGAACAAAAUGGUUCUUUAAAUGUGAAGACGUGGUUUUUAAGACCCAGUACUUGGACAUUUUUUGGUUCUGUACUGUUGGUUGACUUGAUGGCUAUAGUUAAAUGGUAAAUUUUUUAAAUUGAGUAAAGUGAUUCUUUUAUCCACAUUUUUUUAUUUGAAACUUAUUUAUCACUUCCACUUUAAUUUCUAUAUAAAGUUUUAGAUAUACUUGAUUUUUUUUUUUACCCCCAAAAUAUCAAGUUUUGAUAGAAAUUGAGUUAAAUUGGCAGGUGGAUCAAUUUGUUGAGAACAGGCAUCUUGACUGCGUUGAGUCUUCCAGUUAUUUAACAUGGUGUGUGUCUAUAUUGCAGCAUUGUUUAUCUCUACUGUUUUAUAAAGGUCAAUAGCAGGUCUUGUCCAAUUUUUAUCAGUCUUUGGUAUUAUACAGAUCAUUUUUGGAUGUUAUUCUGGCAUCCUGCAAACUUUCUGAGCUGUAACCAUUUAUGUGUUAGAAUGCUUGGGAUUUUUCUACAAAGAAAAAUAGGGAUAGUUUUUAUUUUUUCUUCUCCUCUGCAUUACCUCUUCUUUGUCCUGUCUUACUGCACUAGCUAGGAUUUCCAAUAUAAUGCUGAGUAGAAGUAGUGAGAAAGGUGUUCUUGUUGGUCCCUCAUAUUAGAGGGGAAACACUCCGUUUUUCAUCAUUACGUCUGAUGUUCGUCGUAGGUUUUCUUCAUAGAGGCUUCUUACCGAGUUCAGAAGGUGUCCCCUGUUCCUCAUUUGCUGAGGUUUUUUGUUAUCUUGAACGGGUGUUGAAUUUUGUCAAAUGCUUUUUCUCUCUUAGUUGAUAUAACCAUGUUUGUUUGCUUUUUUCUGUAGCCUGUUGGUAUGAUAUUUUAAAUACUUUUUCUUUUCUUUUUUUCCCAUCACCAUUUACCCUAUACCCUCUUCCACUUCCACCCACCCCAUCUUUUCCCCCCUCCCCCCACUCCUCACCGCUGUUUUAAAUAUUGAACCAGCUUUCUGUCCUUGGAAUGAGUCCUACUUGGUCAUGGCGUCUAAUUAUUUUUAUGUAUUACAGUAUUCAGUCUGCUAAUAUUUUUACUGAGGAUAAUUUCCUCUAUUUUCAUAAAAGAUAACAAUAUUUAGGUUCUUUUCCUUAUUUCCGUUCUUUGGUUUUGCUUGUUUGGUUUUCUGUACUGUCUGUCAGUGUCUGGUUUGGGUGUGCAGGUGAUUCCGCCUCCCAGCCGGUGCUGAGAGCUGCUCCUUCUUCUGUUGUUUAGAAGACAAUGCAUAGAAUUGAUUUUACUUGUUCUUUUAAUGUUUGGCAGCGUUCUCCAGAGAAUCAUUUAGUCCUGGAGGGUAUUCUUCUGGAUGCUUUUUAAUUAGGUAUUUAUUUUAUUUAAUAUGGAUAGAACUAUUUAGAGUAUAUUGCAUAUUGGAUGAAUUUUCAUUGUCCUUUUCUAGGGAUUCUUCUACUUCGUGUAAAUUUUCUUAUUUGCUUCAAGUAUUCUUUUAUUAUUAUUUUGGCAGUAGAAUUUGUUUAUUACCCUGUUUUAUUCCUGAUAUUGAAAUCUUUCAACUCUUUAUUUUGUCAGUCUUCUUAGUACUUAUCGCUUUUUUUUAUCAUUUCAAAGAACCAGCACUUUAUAUCGGUGUUUGCUUGUUACCUUUCUGUUCCUAAUUUCACAGAUUUCCUGAUGUUUAGUAUAUUCUUUUUUCUACUUACGUUGGUUGUGUUUUCCUCUAGUUUCUUGAGGUGGAUGCUUAGGUUAUUAACUUGAGAUUAUUUUUCUAUUGUAAGCAUUAAAUUCUAUCAUUUUCCCCCAAUGCACUGUUUUAGCUUCAUCUCACAAGUUUUAAUACAUUUUAAUUACAUUUCAUUCAGUUCUAAAUAUUUGUUCAUUCAAGACUUCUUCUCUAAACCAUGGAUUAUUUACAAAGUAUGUUGUUGACUUUGUGGCAUAUUUCAUGCUCUUUUUCUAAAAUACUUUUUUAUUGAUUUUUAGAGAGAGAGAAAGGGAGAGGGAUAGAGAGAUUGAGACAUCAGUGAGAGACAUCACCAAGUAGCUGCUCCUGCCCGCCCCCUGCUAGGGAUCGAGCCCUCAACCCAGGCAUGUUCCCUGAUGGGGAAUCGAACUGGCAACCUCUUGGUUCGUGGGUUGACACUCAACCAGUGAGCCACACCGGCUGGGCUCACACUCUCUUUUUGUUGAUUUCUGGUUCAUUGUGUGUGUGACAUGGCUGUUUAAAUUUGCUGUGGGUUUUUUCUUUUAUCAUCCAUUAUAUAGUCUAUCUUGAUGAAUCUUCUGUACGGCUGCUUGAAGAAAAUGUGUUUUCUACUGUUGGCUGGAGUUUCUUUAAAUGUCUACACAGUCCUGUUGGUUGAUGAUGUUAUUCAGAUUUUCUAGAUCCUUGCUCACUUUCUGUGUAGUAAGUAGUUCAGUAGUUGAAAGGUGGGUAUUGAAGUCCUGCAGUGUAAUUGUGGAAUUGUCUGUUCCUCCUUUAGUUCUAUCCGUUUUUACUCCAUAUAUUUCAAAGCUUUGUUGUUUGAUGCAUACACAUUUAGGAUCGCUAUGUCAUCUUGGUCCAUUGACCCUUUCACCAUUGUGUAAUACCCCUUCUUGCCCUGCACAUUUGCUUUGACGUAUACUUUAAAUGAUAUUAAUAUAGCGUCUGGUGCAUUUUUUGGUUAAUGUUCGCGUGGUUUAUAUUUUUCCGUAAUUUCAUUUUCAACCUUAUCUAUAUGUCAUCACAUUUAAAGUAAGUUUCUGUGAAUAGCAUAUACUAGGGCCAUGCUUUCUUUUUAUCCACUUUACUAAUUUCUGGUUUUAAAUUGAUAUAUUUAGACCAUUUAAAUUUUUUAAAAAAUAUAUUUUUAUUGAUUUUUUUUACAGAGAGGAGGGGAGAGGGAUAGAGAGCUAGAAAC